AUGGGUGUCAUUUCGAGCUGCUGCGAGUCUUGCUUCCAUUCGCGCAAGUCACAGUCGUAUGAACCCCUCCUGCUGGAGAAUGAGCGGGAGGCGGUAGCAGAUCUCCUUCAGUACCUUGAGAACCGAACGACGACCAACUUCUUCACGGGAUCUCCCCUCUCCGCGUUGACCACACUCUCGUUUUCCGACAAUGUCGACCUGCAGCGUAGCGCUGCGCUUGCCUUCGCUGAAAUCACCGAGAAAGAGGUGCGCCCCGUGGGCCGAGAUACACUCGACCCUAUCCUCUUCCUCCUCAGCAGCCACGAUACCGAAGUGCAGCGGGCGGCGAGUGCUGCCUUGGGCAAUCUGGCCGUUAACACCGAUAACAAGCUCCUCAUCGUCAAGCUGGGCGGUCUUGAACCUCUCAUCCGACAGAUGCUUAGCCCGAAUGUCGAAGUGCAGUGCAAUGCUGUAGGAUGUGUGACGAAUCUUGCGACGCACGACGACAACAAGACGAAGAUUGCAAAGUCUGGUGCUCUCGUUCCCCUUACUCGGCUAGCACGUUCCAAGGAUAUGCGGGUCCAACGCAACGCGACUGGCGCACUACUCAACAUGACACAUUCCGAUGAGAACAGGCAACAGCUCGUGAAUGCUGGAGCUAUCCCUGUUCUUGUCAGCUUACUCAAUUCAUCGGAUACUGAUGUCCAGUAUUAUUGUACCACUGCUCUCAGCAAUAUUGCAGUGGAUGCUAUCAACCGGAAGAAGCUUGCACAGAGCGAACCGAAGCUAGUGGCUAGUCUGGUGCAGCUCAUGGACAGCCCCAGUCUCAAGGUUCAGUGUCAGGCAGCACUUGCUCUGCGGAAUCUUGCCAGUGACGAGAAGUACCAGUUGGAAAUUGUCAAGGCUGACGGCCUGUCUUCCUUGUUGCGUCUGUUGCAGUCGACCUAUCUACCUUUGAUUCUCUCGUCUGCAGCAUGCGUUCGCAACGUUUCUAUCCACCCUCAGAACGAGUCCCCUAUCAUCGAGUCCGGUUUCCUGCAGCCGUUGAUCAACCUACUGUCUUUCAAGGACAACGAGGAGGUGCAAUGCCAUGCGAUCUCCACUCUGCGAAACUUGGCUGCGAGCUCGGAGAAGAACAAACAAGCUAUCGUCAAGGCUGGUGCUGUGCAGAGUAUUAAGGAACUAGUUCUUGAGGUACCGAUGAAUGUGCAAAGUGAGAUGACGGCUUGCGUUGCCGUGUUGGCUCUCAGUGACGAGCUCAAGGGCCAGUUGCUCGAGAUGGGCAUCUGCGAGGUCCUCAUACCUUUGACGAACUCGCCAAGUUCUGAGGUGCAAGGAAAUAGUGCAGCUGCACUUGGUAACUUGUCUUCUAAGGAUGGCAGAACGACCACCGACGAUUACUCUGCAUUCAAUGACGUAUGGGACAAACCUGACGGAGGCAUGCAUAAAUACUUGUACCGCUUCUUGACUAGCCCGGAUGCGACCUUCCAGCACAUUGCGGUAUGGACCAUCGUGCAACUUCUGGAGUCUGGUGAUCCGCAGCUGAUCAGCAACAUCCGUAAUUCAAACAUCCUCAUCCCGAACAUCCGCCAGCUUGCUGAGACACGCACAUCGACGCCUACGUCUUCGCUCGGCGGCACGCCGCGCUCACACCACUCGCCUAGCCACUCCUACCAGGACACUGAGACCGGCGAGGGCCAGGGCGAGAUUCAGCUGCUUGCACGGCGCAUCCUUGACUUCACCGAGGGCGACGGUGAUGCGAUGACGCCCAGCGCAGCUGCAUCCCACAUGGGAGCGUCACUGCGGGACCGCGAGGAAAGCGUGAGCGGACGGGACCACGAAGAGCUGCGGAAGAGCGUGCGGGAGGCGUUCUCCACGAGUUCCCUUGGACACUAA